AGAAGGUCGUCUUUGGGCACAUAACACUCAUGGCGCCGAACGAAAGAGCCAACAGCCGAGGACGGGCGAGAGAGACCGGUGGGAUGAAGAAGGGGCAGAAGGAGGCAGCAUGCAACGGAAAUGUGGCAAGAGAGUUGCUAAAUGGCCCGUUGUCAAACGCGGAUUUGUACCUGUUUUUGGAACUUGCCAAGUCAGUCGGAAAGGACGAAGCUGUAAGAUGGCUUGCGAAAGAGAUUAUUCUCAAGAAGACUGGAGGUGAUCGUAGUCGAUCUGUUUCUCGCAGAUCUAGCAUACAGAGUAUGCAGGAUAUUGCUGAAAACCUUUACUAUGCAACACGGGCAGAAUCGCCCUCAUUCAAGGAUGAACCAGAAGAUACACUUUCACUGCGGGUGGGAAAUACUGAUCACUUCAAGAUUAGUUCAUGCAGAACAGAAAGCAUGAAGUUUCCCGUUUGUUGCAGCCACUGUUUAACAGAUAAGACAUGAUCACGUGAAGGCAAAGUCUUACCUCAGUAUCUAUGUCAAAAUCCGCCUGUGUGGUGGACCUUUGUUGUACAUUAUCACACCUGUCAUGAUUGGUUGAUCGUCGUCAGCAUCUCAUUGGACAAGAAUUCUUCUAUCAUACUUCUAUCCUUGCAAAAUAUGAGCGUCUCUGUCGUUUUAAAAAAGUUUUGAUUACAAACCUCAAAUUU